CACUUCCUUAUCUCCGUGUCUCACCGCCGUCGACCGCUUCUUCUUGUUUGCAUCCAAACACAGUCGAACUUUCGUCCGUGUCUCCACUCUGCAGUUGCCCGGCGUUGAUGCGCGGAUGGAUAUGUCCGUUAUCGCAAAAUACAGCCAUCAGUAGGUCGGAAGCAGCCCUUGCUUCACCUCGCAUCGCCGAAAAUGCCUCGUUCUGUCCCUCAAAGGUUUCCCUCGGCUCCUUCAGACAUCGAGCAUGUCUCGAUCGAAACCGAUGGCCGAAGAACCAGCGCUCAAACGGCUCCUCCCUCGCCGUCCGCCUUUCGGCGCAGUCACAGUCACCUGUCCGAAGCCCACACCGGUUAUGAAACGCUGGAAUCGCCUAUGGAAGUAGGAGAGACGACCAGCUUGUUAGGCAAAGGGCACGAACACCGGCGCAAUUUCCCGAGAUCCUACACCAACAUUUCUGGCAACUCGGGCCCCGAUCUAAACUUCAGACAUAGCUUGUUGGCGGGCAGCCUCCGGCGAUCACGCCAUCACAGCCGCGCUAAUUCGCAAGCGAUGCGUUUCAGCCGUCGCGACAGUGACCCCGCCGCGAGUGUCGCUCCCUCAGGCAAGGACGACAUGACUGCCUCGUUCCUGGAUGAACGGAGCUGGUACGAUCAAUUCACCUCGACUGAUUGGGUCCAUGAUAGCAUCGCGGACGGCGCUCGCCUACGAGAGUUACGGAGGCGGAAAGACAUCCGGGGUCGCCUACUGGCAUGGUUCGAUGGCAGUCAGGGCUGGGUGCUGGUAGCGUUGAUCGGCUGCAUAACCGCGGCUAUCGCCUUUUCUGUCGACGUGACGGAGAAGUUUGUUUUCGAUGUGAAGGAGGGUUUCUGCACCACACACUGGUUCCAUAGCCGCCAAAGCUGCUGCACGGGAGGGCAAGAAUGCCCCGCGUGGAGAUCUUGGUCAAACAUUUUGAGCCCAUCGGGCAGUGAAAAUCAGUGGGUCGAUUACGGCAUGUUCAUUUUCUGGGUGAUCUUACUCUCCAUGAUCUCUUGUGCGCUCACCUUACUCACAAAGACGGUGGUGCCAUCAUCCAUCUCGUUGACGACUCUGGACGAAAACCUCGGAGCUGCGUCCUCGCGCGGUACGAAAGGGAAGACCGGAAAUGCCAGCUCGCAUGACUCGCCCAAUGGUCUACAAGCACCGGGUGCUGUUAUCCCUACCCGGCCUGCCAUGACAUACUACUCGGCGGCAGGGAGUGGAGUGGCCGAGGUCAAGGUCAUCAACAGCGGUUUUGUCUUGCACGGGUAUCUAGGCUUCAAGACUCUUGUCGUCAAGACUGUCGCUCUGGUCUUUAGUGUCGCGUCAGGCUUGAGCUUGGGUAAGGAGGGUCCAUAUGUACACAUCGCGACCUGCGUAGGAAACAUUUGCUGUCGCUUGUUUGCGAAAUACAACCUGAACGACGGCAAGAGGCGUGAGGUCUUGAGUGCCAGCGCUGCCAGCGGUGUUGCGGUAGCUUUCGGGGCGCCUAUCGGUGGUGUGCUUUUUAGCCUCGAGGAAGUCAGCUAUUAUUUCCCUCCGAAGACACUCUUCAGGACGUUCUUCUGCUGCAUUGCAGCAGCCUUGUCUCUCAAAUUCCUCAAUCCCUACGGUACCGGCAAGAUUGUCUUGUUUCAGGUUCGCUAUCUUGGGGAUUGGGAAAUGUUCGAGAUGGUCAUCUUCAUCCUCUUGGGUGUCCUUGGAGGAGCAGCCGGGGCUCUGUUCAUCAAAGCGUCGAGCGUCUGGGCGCGGUCGUUCCGACGCAUUCCGAUCAUCAAGCGCUAUCCCAUGCUUGAGGUUGUUCUCGUGGCUUUAGUGACCGGACUUGUUGGGUUCUGGAAUCGGUACACCAAGCUGCCUGUUUCCGAGCUGAUGUUUGAGUUGGCCAGCCCGUGCGAGCAUGUGUCAUCAUCACCCACGGGCUUGUGUCCCAGCGAAGACCGCAUUGGCGAUAUUAUUCGCUACCUGCUGGUCGCUCUCGUCAUCAAGAGUCUGCUUACCAUUGUCACAUUUGGCAUUAAAGUGCCCGCUGGAAUUUACGUUCCAUCCAUGGUUGUUGGUGGUCUCAUGGGCCGCAUCGUUGGCCAUGUGGCACAAUACUUGGUGCUCAAAUAUCCAAACUCGUUCCUCUUCGGGUCUUCUUGCCCGGCUGUCGCUGGUAUGGAGUCCUGCGUGACACCGGGGGUUUAUGCCAUGGUUGCGGCCGGUGCUACCAUGUGUGGUGUCACACGCCUGUCGGUGACACUUGCCGUCAUAUUGUUCGAACUGACCGGUAGUUUGGACCACGUGCUCCCAUUUUCACUGGCAGUUCUCUGUGCCAAGUGGACAGCAGAUGCAAUCGAACCCCGCAGUAUCUACGACCUGCUGACGGACAUGAACGCGUAUCCGUUCCUCGACAAUAAACUCCAGCCCUUGUCAGAUGGACAACUUGGCGAUCUCGUCCGACCCCUGCGGGCCAGCCGGAUAAUCGACAUUUCGGAGUCCUCCUUUGUGCCCGCGACGGAGCUGCGGUCGAAACUACAGAAUCUGCUUAUGGCCGGUGAGCUCGACAGUGGCUUGCCGAUAUUGCGUCACAACAUUCUGACUGGGUUGAUCCCUGCGCCCGACCUUGAAUACGCUCUCGACAAUCUUGAGGAUGAGGAGAACACCCUGUGUCUGAUGACGAUGGAUAUGUCCUCGGCUAUCUCCGACAGUGAGGACCUGGAAAACACCGACUGGGUGGACUUUACUCAAUACAUUGAUUUUUCCCCGAUGGCCCUGGACAUCCAUUCCCCGAUUGAUCUUGUGUAUCAGUGCUUUGCGAAGCUGGGCCUGCGGUAUCUGUGUGUUCUCCACGAUGGACACUACGCCGGCCUGGUACAUAAGAAAGCGUUUGUGAAGUAUAUGAAGCAGAACGAGUAGUUUGCUUUUCGGUGGAUACGUUUUAUGAAUUGGUCCUGCGCGGUUAUCUAGAUUUGUUACUGUAAAUUAGCUCGGAGUUGGUUCAGCGUUUGUUUCUGUUGCAUAUGAUCCUGUAUUUAGACCCUGGCUCCAGAAUGGCGCCGUACAUACCUUGCAUACAGACUGUACAUUGUCGCUUGCACUACCUCCACAUU